UACCCCGCCGUCGAACGCGAGCGCCGGUCUCGCACGUCUGUCCGUUCGCGUUUUUCGUCCGCCGCCGAGAUCGUCGUCGCGUGCCCCGCGGUAUUAUAUUUUUAUAAUAAUAUUAUAAUAUUGUCCUAUCGUCGUCGUCGUCGUCGCGCGCGUAAAACGUUUGCUCGUCUUCGUCCGGUGUGUUAAUUUUGGUUUUUUCGUGUUUUUUUUUUUUUUUUUUUUAAAGAAAAUUUGUUCGCCCUCGUCCGAAAAAACCGAAAUCGUUUCGCGGGUGUGCGUGUCCGUUUGUGUUUAGUUCGGUGUUUUUUUUUUCCACUGCUCGGAACCCGCGGAGACCUGCAGUGCUGCAGCACACUGCCCCCGUCAUGACGUCCACUCCGCACUGCUCCGGACUCUGAGAGAGAUUUCAGUCGUCUACACGUCGUUGUAUUAUUCCUUGAAAAAUAAUAUGGCUCUCACUCCGUAAUUCUCGUUGUGAACUUGAGACGAGAUCACACGCGGGCAAAUAACCAAACAGUGACAUUAACGAAUCGCAACUUUUUCGUUAGUUUUCUUCCGAUCUAAUCGUACGACGGUUUGUAAACACAGUCAUCACCAUCACAACCAUGGUUCUGAGGCACGGAUUCUGCCGCCAGUGCUCCGACAUGCUGUUCGUCGUCUGCACAAUCACCAUCGUCAUAACAGAUGUAUCGGAAUGCCUGUUGAGCAAAUCAAAUAAACAUCAAAAUACCUUGGGUGAAUUCUCGGAGAAACCUGAUCUACCAUACUUCGAUAAGGCUGCGUCGAAAAAUGUGACGUCCCCUUUGGGAAAAACGGCCUAUCUCAACUGCAGAGUCAAAAAUCUUGCCAACAGAACCGUCUCUUGGGUCAGACACCGGGACAUUCACCUGUUGACCGUCGGCCGGUACACGUAUACCGGCGACCAGCGUUUCCGGUCGAUCAAUCAACCACCCAGCGAAGACUGGACGCUCCAGAUCAAGUAUCCGCAGAUCAGAGACUCGGGUAUCUAUGAAUGCCAGAUAUCCACAACACCGCACAUCAGCCAGUACAUUCAUCUCCAAGUCGUCGAACCCCGCACUGACAUUAUUGGAGGACCGGAAAUAUUCAUUGAUCGAGGAAGUACCAUCAACCUGACAUGUGUUGUACUACAUAGCCCGGAACCGCCGUCUUAUAUAUUUUGGAAUCAUAAUAAUGCUAUUAUCAGUUACGACUCGCCCAGAGGAGGCGUGAACGUAGUCACCGAAAAAGGAACGGUCACCACCAGUCAUCUGCUCAUACAAGAAGCUCGGGUCGAGGACAACGGCCGAUAUCAGUGUAACCCGUCCAACUCACAGCCGAAGUCCAUCAACGUACACGUGUUGAACGGAGAGUACCCGGCGGCGAUGCAACACGGCGGCCAAGCUCACCAGAGGACCACUCACAUGUAUUGUUUGAUAUUUUUCGCGUGCAUGCUGUUGCACGUGUAAGCGGCCACGUCGACGGGAGUGCACCAAGAAGACGACGCGACCGCAGCGCCCAAGUUCCGGUCCGGAUGUCGUAUCCGCCUCAUCCAUUCCGAUCCGCACUCGACCCGUUUCGGACCGACCCCGCGACCUAUAUAUUUUUGUUAAUAUUAAUGAUAUUAUUGUGUUUUGUAUAAGAUGUUAUUGUCCGCGGUUCCGCGCACGCGCCCAACCACCUGCACCCACCGCCCGCCGUCGGCGAACCCGCGCCCUUACCCACCACGGGGUGCACCGGUGAAAACGCGAAACACCAGCAACCGCGUGCGGUGUAUGUGUGUGUGAGUGUGUGCGUGUGUGGGUAUGUGUGUGUGUGAGUGCGUGUGCGAACGAACGUUUUUUUUUACGCUAUCGAUACGAUGCGGGCAAAAAAAUAAAAAAAAAGAAACCUCUAUGGAUUGUACAGUAGCAAUUUUAGAAAAAAAAAAAAAUAA